CACACACUUUCCUUUCACACACGCACACACACACACACACACACACACACACACACACACACACACACACACACACACACACGCACACGCACGCACGCACGUACACACAGCCUGAAAAUCUGUCAAUUUCUGCCGUCUGGUCACGUGACCUCCUCCUCCGUAGAGUGGAUGGAGAUGGCUCUCCACGUCAGCCUACGUCUCCAAAUGUCUGCUUAGCGAACCUGCUUCAAAGAGGCGAGAGGCACGGCGCUUCAGAGCCAUGUUCAGGGCGGUUAUAGAGGAAUCCAACCACAACACAGAGUCAUAGAAGAGGGUGAACUACCAUGAUGGAUUUUGACGAAAGGGUCCCCGUCGGAUCGAACAUGUAUUUGCCCAGCUGCACGUAUUACGUGUCGGCGGGGGCAGAUUUCUCCGGUCUUCCCUCGUUUUUGUCCCAGAGCCCGUCCACCCGCCCCGUGACAUACUCUUACUCCUCCAACCUGCCGCAGGUCCAACCCGUCCGGGAGGUGACGUUCAGGGACUAUGCGGCUAUCGAAGCGUCCGGUAAAUGGCCGCACCGGGGGAACCUGCCCCACGGCUACCCCACCGCGGAGGACAUGGUGCACCGGGACUGUCUUUCGGCUCAAACUUCCGUCGUGGGGGACGUGUUCGGUAAAAACAGCCCCACGGCUGCCGCCGCCGCGUACCACCACCACCACCAUCACCACCACACGAGCGCCGGCUCUUCUGCGAACAAUUUUUACGGUAACGUGGGCAGAAACGGCGUGCUGCCGCAAGUCUUCGACCAGUUCUACGAAUCGGCGUACGGGAACGCCUCGGAGGGCUCCUCCGGGAACGGCUACCCGGGGGACAAGGCGACGGCCAAGCAGGCCAGCUCCACGCCGGAGGACGAGGCGUCGUGCGGGGACACCGAGGCGAAGGAGCAGCGGGAUGAGGCCAGCAGCCCGCAGUUAUCUUCCGGCAACAAUGAGGAGAAAUCCAGCAGCAGCAGCAGCAGCAAUGGACAGAGAACCCGUAAGAAAAGAUGCCCUUAUUCCAAAUAUCAAAUAAGAGAACUUGAAAGAGAAUUCUUUUUCAGCGUGUACAUUAACAAGGAGAAACGCCUGCAACUGUCCCGGAUGCUCAACCUCACCGACCGACAGGUGAAGAUUUGGUUUCAGAACCGUCGCAUGAAGGAGAAGAAACUGAACAGAGAUCGAUUACAUUAUUAUACGUCCAAUCCUCUGCUUUAGGGGUCAACGACGCCCCGCCACGGCUUCCACAGUCCCCCCCCCCCCCCCCCUGUGGGACCGACUGCGUCUACAGGCACACUGGCCCUCCUGCUGGGACUCUCCCACUGUACAUUGCGUACACGCGACGGAAGCGACACACCGCUCAGUUCAUUUCAAGUUCGAGGACAAGCUCGUCCUGCGAUCGGAAUCACCCGCAGAGUCCGCACGAAUAAAGGCUGUGGAGUGAGAUUUUACCUCUCAGACUCUCUUUGGGGGGGGGGGGGGGAUGCGGAUCGCGAGGACGCCCUUGUUCAUGUUAAUUGUUGCCCACCGACGCCUUCUUUAAUUUUAUUUGUCACGCGGGCGAAGCCACUAAUUGACUGACCCGGUGCAUUUUGUAACCAAAAAGAUUUGUUUGACUUUCUUUUCUAUCAGAAAAGGGGGGUGGAUUUAGUAUGUCAUUAAAUAAGUGAAAUGAUAUUGGUGUGACCAAAACAAUGACUUCGGAUGAGAAUGUAACGUGUUUAUGUUGUGUGUGCUUAUUUAUGUUGUAGCACUCGUUUACUCUCCUUUAAUAAUGAACCAAGUCCAUUACUACGAGCAGACUAUUGUGAUUCCGUGUUGAGUCUGAACUGACCCUUUGUCGCCUUUCCUAAAUAACCUGUGGCUACACGUAUUUGUACGUCGCGUAUCCACAACACCCGAAUCCACGUUGUCCUUUGGGAUUUUUGGAGACUAUCAGUUGAGUAUUGAUAAUGCAGGCCAAAACCAGAGAGAUAAGCUUGUCCACUGGAUCCGUGUGGAGUUGCACUGAGGUACACGCCCAACACAUUCACACAUGCAGCAGGCCUGUUGGGUCUUAUAAUGAUACGCAUUACAGAUUAUUUUUUUCAUUACUUGUGAUCCUUUGAUAUUUGCUGUCUAAAGAAGAUACAAAUUCACGUUUUCAAGUGUGCUAACCAGGCAAUGCUGGUCAGGGGCACCGCAUUGAAUCUAUGGCUUGGUAUACGCGAAAUUAUGUAUUAUACUAUAUUUCCCAAUAAAAAAACAAAUGAAAGAUCAUUGACA